AGUGGUCGCGCGUCCGUCGUCAUGUCCGUUCGCUUCGUGCGCACGAUUCUCGUGCUACUAGCGAUCGUUCACAAUUCGCGCGCUCUAGUCGAUGAAGUCGUCGACGUUCUCAAACUCGGGAAGGAGAUAGGCGAAGAGAUAAUCGCAUCAUGGAACGUUGUAGGAAAGACGCUAAACGUAUCGGAGGGCGUCGAACUCCCCCUAAUCAGAAGACGUGAAAGAUUAAUACUGGCAAAACUCUCGCAUAUAUCGCAAUCGAUCGACAGAUUGGAGCUGGGAAUAGAGAAGGCCGGUGCGGUGGCCUUGUUCCUGGCCAAGAACGGAGGGAGAGGAACCCGUUUUGAGUUGAAACUGCACGACAUGACGGUCCUUCUGAACAAAGUGGCGGCAGUGGACAGACAGAUGAGAGUGUACGUCGGCCUUCAAGAGGAAUUGGAGCGAAGCACUUUGUUAGGCUUUGCUCAAUCGUGUGUCUUUUACGAGCCGGAUGCGCUACCUGGCGUGCUGGAGCAGAUACACGCGCACAUUGUUCCACCCCAUAAGCUAUUGUUAGGCAAGGGCCUUCUGCAGCAAAUCGUCGAGGAAGUUCAGGAGGGAGGCACGGACGUGUGCACGUUGCAGAUGUCCCCGCAUCAAUUGAUUUACGACAUUUACAACACCAUAGCCCUGGCCGAGAUAAAGGGAUACGCCAUAAUGCAGUUUUCGUGGAUGCUGCUCAAAUUGUACGGAAAAGGAAACUUCUCACAAGAGGCGAGUCUGACUAGAGAACGUUACGGACAAAGGACAACACAGGCAGCCAACGUCGUUCGUGGAGUCCUCUCCUCGGCCAGUCGAGAUCUGUACAGAUGCGACCCGAUACAACACGAGGAAGGUAAAACGUACGACCAAGUCACACGUCUACUGCAAGGCUACAUCGAGAACGAAGUGGACAUGAACCCGCAGGGGACGUGCCAGGAGAACUGCGGCUACUACACGCUGACCCAGAGGUACGGCUGCUACGACGACCAGCUCUGCACCCAGCAAAAAACUUGCGGCGGCAGGAUCAUCAAUUGUCAGUACAUUGACUCGGACAUGUGGGUGUGCCCGAGCGGCGAUAGCAAGCGCCGAUACGACUGGGUCACUUACGAAAACGGGAGAACUCUUGGCCAAAAAGGAGAGUGUACCAGCGGUGGUCACAGCACCAAGGUCGACUCCUGGUGGAAAUGGAAUUUGUUCCACUGCUCGUACUGCUUUUGCCUUUGUGAGGAUGCUGUCGACAUCUCUGAACGAUUCUUCAGCAUGCGAGAGGCCUUGGCUCAAAUUUCCAAGAACAAAGUGGUGACAGGGCUGCGAUUGAUUAAGCACGGAAGAGUAUUCCAUCUACAAGUGUACGAGAGUACACUGAAGGAGAGGGGACUCAUCGAAGGAGGUGACUGGGUCCCAGUGCAGAAGUUCGAUCCCUUAGACCCUCAAUUCAAAGACGGCGUAGAUUACCACACGCUAACUUACGAAAACCGGGCCAUCGAUUUGGACGAUCUAGACUCGCCAUCCGGACACGUCCUCACCGGUGUCAGGUUCAGAAUGCUGGGCGCACAUCUACACUUCGAGAUCAGAUCGACGCCAUUCAACUACACGACGGGACGACUCUCGCCAGAGAAGAGUCAGUGGAUCAGCAACGACAACACCGAGGGCUCCGCGAGGCCCAGGGUAAAACUGGAACUGAAGAAUCCGGACAUCCCCACGCGCAGCUCCGUGCCGCUCGCGGUGGACUCUGAGCACGACCAGUACGUAGAGUUCACCAACUCGGACCUGGAGGCGGACGCCGCGCAGAGCACCGUGCCCUUCAUUGACGUGCAACCGGUGCUGCCCGCGGGCGUGGGCGCGCUGGCGAGCGGCGCGGGCGUGCUGCACCGCGGCGCGCGCGGCUCGGGCGGGUUCGUGGCGCUGCGGCUGCGCACGUACCCGCACGCGCGGCACGUGCGCGCCGAGCCGCCGGCCGACCUGCCGCGCGGGCCCGACCCGGCCGACGGCCCGGACUUCGAGCCUACGGUCAACUGACUCGCUUAGCUUUUAAGGAGAUUCGACGUGUUGCGAGAUUAUAAGUAACAGUGUGACGUCAUUAGUAGAUUUAAUACCUCAUGUAUAGUUUAAAGUUUCGAUGUGGUUGUAAAUGUAUGCGUUUCUAGGAUCUCAUCUUUUAUUUCUUCACACCUGUUUUCAUUAAGUUAUACGGAGUUGUAUUCUAUGUAGUCGAUAAAGAUGAAAAUAAAUAAUAACGAAAAUCAUAUUCGAUAAUUA